CGCCCCGGUCGCCGCGGACUCCACAUUCCAACGUCGCUGUGCUGCCGGUCCAAGAACCAGUGCCGAGUGACUGAGUGACCGACUUCUACCCGUGCGACGUAAGUGCCGUGCAGUGCUAGUGCCCGCGGGUAAAGUGUGUACGUGUGCUACUUGACUCCAGGAGGCUUCCACGAGCCGACUCUAAAAAUACGCGCGUCGAACGAUCCGCCCGCGCCAUGUAUAGCACGCCGGAUUACGUUACCGCGCGCGGAACUGUGCUUCCAUUAUCAAAUAUUUGGAAUGUACACGUGAACGAAUCGAAAAAGCACCUUUAAAAAGAAUAUUCUCUUGUGAACAAACACACAUUUUUUGAACAUGUACACUAUGAAAUUGAAUUAAAAUAAGUUGGAGCUCGGUCAAAAGUUCAGAGAUAACAAUAUUAUUUUAAAAAUUAAUUCAAAUUCAAUUACGUGUUAAAAUUCUGUUUUCAUUGGAUAUAUAAUUUCUUAAUCGGAUAAGUUCAGUAACACAUUUCGGAAAAGAGGAGCAUUCUGAUUCAUGACAAUCGUCGUUAAUUCAAUUUUUAAAUAGGAACACGCGGGUGCUCUGUUGACUUUUAGAAGUCCCGAUGCCGCAUAGCAUAUCGUACUUCACGCGUAGUAGCUACAUGCCUUUUUCCACCUGGGCAGUACCUACCUCAUUCCGCACCAAGCGAGUACAUAGCGCUCAACCUAAAUACAUAGCCCACUGAACUUCUCGCCGGAUAUUCUCAGUGUAGUAGAUUCUGCCAAGCACUGCUCUUGCUAGGGCUAGUGUUAGCAAAUUAUCUCAGGUUGAACCCGUGAACUGGAAUAGCCCUACGCUACCAGCGAAUAGACUCAAUAAACAACCAACAUGUCUGACGAGGAGGAAUAUUCUGGCUCUGAGGAGGAGGAAGUAGAAGAAGAAGUCCCGGAGACACCCGCUCCUAAACAAGAGGGUGAGGGAGAUCCAGAAUUCAUCAAGCGUCAAGACCAGAAGCGGUCGGACUUGGAUGAACAGUUGAAGGAAUACAUCAACGAAUGGCGCAAACAGCGGGCCAAGGAGGAGGAUGAGCUCAAACGCCUUAAAGAGAAGCAGGCCAAGCGCAAGGUUUCUCGUGCCGAAGAAGAAAAGCGCCUCGCUCAAAAGAAAAAGGAAGAAGAAGAAAGGAGAGUGCGCGAAAUCGAAGAGAAGAAACAACGCGACAUCGAAGAGAAGAGGCAACGGCUCGAGGAGGCUGAGAAGAAGCGCCAGGCUAUGCUCCAGGCCAUGAAAGAUGCCAGCAAGACCGGACCCAACUUCACCAUCCAAAAGAAGAGCGAAAACUUCGGUUUGAGCAAUGCCCAGCUGGAGCGCAACAAGACCAAGGAGCAGCUGGAAGAGGAGAAGAAGAUCUCCCUGUCCAUCCGCAUCAAGCCGCUGACCAUCGAGGGUCUCUCCGUCGACAAACUCCGACAGAAGGCCCAGGAACUCUGGGAGUGCAUCGUCAAACUCGAGACCGAGAAAUACGAUCUCGAAGAGAGGCAAAAGAGACAGGACUACGACUUAAAAGAGCUCAAAGAAAGACAAAAGCAGCAACUGAGGCACAAAGCUCUCAAGAAGGGUCUCGACCCCGAAGCGCUCACAGGCAAGCACCCGCCCAAAAUUCAAGUAGCGUCCAAGUACGAGAGGCGUGUCGACACACGAUCCUACGACGACAAAAAGAAACUGUUCGAGGGUGACCUAGAGAAACUGAACAAGGACUUCCUCGAGAAGGUGUGGCAAGAGAGGGCCGAACAGUUCGGCGGCAGGCAAAAGGCGCGACUGCCGAAGUGGUUCGGCGAGAGGCCCGGCAAGAAGAAGGGCGAACUCGAAUCUCCGGAAGGCGAAGAGGACGUCAAGGCUGAGCCCGAGGAGGACGAAGAACCUCAAUACGAGCCUGAACCCGAAGAGGAGGAGGAAGAGGUCGUUGAGGAGGUAGAAGAAGAGGAGGAAGAGGAGGAAGAAGAAGAAGAGGAAGAGGAGGAGGAAGAAGAAGAGGAAUAAAAAUCGGACGCGCCACUGAUGGGGCCCUCGACGCGGGCCGGUCGCGUCCUACAGUUUUGUAACCAAUCCAUUAACUUAUUGCUAUUAUAAUAUGAACAAAAUAUUUUUAUUAUUUAUACUUUUCCACGAAACGUCGUUAACAGCCUAUGACGAUACAAUAAACUAAUUUAUUUCAUAA